UUUAAAUUGAUCCAAUAUUCAUUUUAUUCCAUAUUCAGUGACAAGCUCGUGUCCCUAAUUCCCCAAGCAGCUUUGUUUUGGUACGAAGGUAACCUCAAAAUUUCUUGUGUAGGCUGUAGUAUUUGCUUGCUCUGUAAAUGAGAAGUUGAGUUUGAUUGCAUUGCCGUUAUGUUUAAUUAUAAAUACAUUUAGAAAAUGAUAGAGAGUUAAAUUCGUAGUAUUUAAUGUUAUAUUGAACGUAACUUGAAAAUUUGGUUAAAGUUGUUUUUGCAUAAAGGCAAAUAAACAUAGGGGACCUAGUCAAAUGCAUAUUUCUUAAAGGAGAAUUCUAAUAAACAAAAACAAUGAAAGAAGUGCUGAGUACGCAAACCUCUUCGAGCUAUAGUAAUCAUUUUGUUAAUAAUAACGGAGAGUCAAAUUCUAAUAAUAAUGUUUCUUAUGGCUCGAAUGCGACAAGGAAGUACGCAGUCUUGAGUACGGAAUGGAUUUCAGCAAUAGGAGAAGAAUUAGGCAUGCAUCCAUUACCGGAUACGCUUCUUCGUAAACUCGCCGAAGAUGCAUCGUAUAGGCUGCGUGAAGUAUUGCACAAAUGCGUUACAAGACUUAGGCACAGUAAAAGGAAACGUCUGACCUCGACGGACGUGAAUGCUGUUGUGACAAAUCUGUGCGACGUCGAUCCCCUUAUUGGUGCACCGGAACAGUUGCCAGAAUAUCUCUCGGAAGCCGGUCUUUUUGUGCCACACGAACGCUUUAUAGAUUUAUCGCAAAAAGUAAACGAACCGCAGAGUUUCUCUCAAGUUAGCGUUCCAUUUCUUCAAGAAGUUGAAAUCGUGGACUCAAAGCUGUUAGAGGCAAGAAAUAAUUAUGCAAAACGAGCCUUGAAAAUGCUAUUCAACGGCUCUCAAAAAACAUUUCAGGUUCUUCUAAACGAUUGUGCUACGAAUGCCUGCUUGGGCGGAGAAGGCGUAGUGGAUAAAUUAAUGUCGAUUGCCAGAUCUAUGGUCAUAUCGAAUAAUGCCCAAUACACGAGAGUCUCUACUCGGACAUGUCAGCUCAUCAUCGCUAUUACCAAUAACAACAAAGCUGUCUACCCUUAUCAUCUCAAUUCUGUAGAUAAAUUGACAGAAUUACUGUUAGAACUCUUACUCGGUCAGGGUUUUAUCAAUCCGAAUUUAGAGACACUUUUCAAAGAUUGCGCGCUAAAGUUAAUGCUGAGAUGGCCGUCGGUCGCCAAUAGGUUCAUUCCAAUGUUAAAAAGCGUCCUAAUAAGAAAGGACGAACAAAGUUUCGAAUUGAAAAAGAAAGCAAUAGCUCUGGAGCUACUUGCCGGAGUUCAGCCCCUUAUAUUUCUCGAGAAGGAAAUUGAUUCUUCGCUUUCGUUGGUGAAUGUCUUAAAAUAUGCCACACCAGGUUCUAAUAUGUGGCACAAAAUCGCACUUAUCGUGUGCGCCUUUGUGAAGUCCGGUAAUCAGCCAUUAAAUUAUUCCGUGAUAAUUCAACACUUUGGGGACUCGAUCCUCCCUUACUUGAUUAACGACGUGGCGGCAAUAAAAAAUAACAAAAUAACGAAUCUUCCAAUAAUUGUGAGAAGUAAAAUAAAAUACGCGUCGAUAAGGCCGAGUAUAGCUGGAAAAUUUGGCGACAGGCAAAUUGUCUUUCCCGAUUCAACUUUACGCGGACCGAGGCAGGAAAUUAAAUUCGCCUUUGCUGGUGGUCGGCCCGUACCUUCGAACAACCUUCGUCGUGUAAGUUUACGAGCAAAUUAUCAAAUCUUGAGAAACGAAUCGAGGGCCCCUUAUGCUCUCGUUGCAUCGCGUCGACUCUUAAUUUUCAAGCAUAAAAAGAAACGUUUGUCAGGUGCUUACAACCUAUCGAAGAUCAUUCUUUAAAUUGUCAUGGUAAUUUCAUUUAGACUAAAUAAAUAUAUCCUCUAUUUGAUAAAAAGUAUGAAUUAAAACAUAUUGUAAG